AUGUUGGAAAAUAUCAUUCAGCCCCGGUUCGGCGUCAAGGCGCAUCCCUUUCAGCGUGCUCCGACUGAGCAGAUUAUUGACAUUCGUUCGGACAAGAAGGGUCUUGAGCUGCGCGAAUCACUGCAGCAGAGCAUCCACAAUGAGAGCGCAGCACUCCCCGAUCUUCUUCUGUGGGACGAGCCCGGUCUGAAGUACUUUGAACAUGUCACCUAUUGUCCUUCCUAUUACCUGACACGAGAGGAAAUUGGUUUGCUGCAGGCCUACUGCCGAGAGAUCGCUGCCCGGAUUCCGGCAGGGGGUAUGCUCGUUGAGCUUGGAAGCGGAAACCUCCGCAAGACAAAAAUCCUCCUCGACGCCCUCGAAGAACUCGGUCGCCCCGUCGACUACUUCGCCCUCGACGUCUCCUACCCCGAGCUCCAGCGUACCCUCCGCCCCGUCUCCUCGGGGAUCUACCGCCACGUUAAAUGCUUCGGUCUCCUAGGCACGUACGAUGAUGGGCGAACAUGGCUGCAACAUCCUGACCUUCAGUCGCGACCGAAGACGAUUCUAUACCUUGGUUCGACGCUGGGGAAUUUCGAGAAGGCCGACGCGGCGGAGUUCCUCUCGAGCUUUGCGCAGGCCGACUGCUCGUUCUUGCUUGGUUUGGAUGGGUGUAAAGACGAGGAACGAGUUCUCAAUGCAUACAAUGAUCCGGAUGGGAUUAACCAUCGGUUUGUCAAGAACGGACUCAAACACGCAAACAGGGUCUUAGGACGCGAGGCUUUCGACCUCGAUAAGUGGCGAGUUGUAGGAGAUUGGGAUGCAGAGAAGGGAGCGCACAGUCAGAUCUAUUACCCACGCAUCGAUGUAUCCUUGGACGGGGUACGGAUUCCCGCUGGUCGGAAGUUGCUGGCUGUGCGCAGUCACAAGUACGAUGCUGCGGAUCGGGAUGCUCUGUGCCAGAGGGCUGGACUGCACGUUCAAGCCUCGUGGUCUUCGCAGAGCGAUUAUAGUAAGUGA